GCUCAUCGGUUGAGCUGUUUGUGUACUCCAUCCAGGACGCUUCGUUUAUUAUACGUUCUAUUUAAUCUAUAUUUUCACGUUAAAUUGUCUAUUAUAUAGAAUUGUGAAUAAGGAAUAAAGUGGGGAAUGUUUGCUUCUGAAAAAGUUUUUGAAGUUACCCCUGGAGAGCAAAUAACACCGGUUAAAAUACGUCAAUCAGGAAACGAUAUACACAUGGAAGAAGAGAACGACCAUUUCGUGGAGGAACUAUUAAACUGUCAAACUCCAAAAAAACUCCCCUUACUAAGGACUCCUAGUCUCAAACCGAAGCCUAAAGAGUUUUUUAGUUUACGAAGGUUGGAUAUCACCUCAAAGGCGAGACGAAGAUUAAGCUAUCACUCUACGACGACAGAAAAGGAUCUAGAAGAAAAAGCGCGCGAUGCAUUCGCCAAUUUGGAUGUCUCUGAUAAUUAUAAAAUCAUUGAUGAUACCGUUUGGCCAGUUGAACGCCAACAAAAACGUAGAAGAAAUCGUUUGAAGCGGUUAACGAAAGAUUUUGGAUCAACGUCCACCAUACCACCAUAUUCUUCCAGCCGAACGAAUCCUUCUAUCAGAAGAAGUCGUAAUAACGAAUCAACCGAUAUAAACGAUUACGACGCCGAUAUAGAAAGUGUAGAAUUUACAGAAUCGGCUAUUCCAAUCAAACGAAAUCCAUCUAAAUUAGACGAGUACCGAGUAUCUAGAAGCGUACCAGAAUUUUGGCAAGUCGAAUUAGAUUAA